AUAGGUGAACUUUGGUGGAAUCUGUGUUAGUAGGUGAUUAGAUGCAUAUCUAUAUUGUGGUGUGGUAGGUUCACCUUUUUGGGGCGUUGUGUGGUCGAGCGAAGCUACGAAUCACUGGCCGAGUUUUACUGUAGGGUUGCCUUUAAUGGAACCCUACGUAACAACGCAGAUCCCGAAACAGCAAAACCGAUCUUACCAGGUAAGAUGGUAAUUUCAGGCAUGUUUGCAUAUCUAGCUCUUCGAGUUAUAAAAGCAGCGCCAUGUCGCGCUGGAAAUAUCCAAUACCUUACGAGGUGCCUUCAAUUAGCAUAUUGUCGGAACCUCGCGCAUAACUCUUUGAGAUCAAAAAGACAUCAUGGAGUCCAUGGUUCUAUCCGACACACACCAGAAGACUAGACUGCUUUUCGACAUCUGCGGUAUCAAUGAUACUACUCCUACUCCACCAAUACGGAUUGAGUCCCGCAAUAUGACCCGAACCCCUAACGGAAAUAUCUUCCCCGUUAAAAGGGUACGCCUACCGUGCCAAGUAUUACCUGGCGGGUAUACACCCGCGGCCUUUGUUUUCAAUCUGUCGUCUCAAUUCGAUAGCGUUGAGACCGUGCUAGGUAAGCACCCUCGGGACGUUAGCCUAAGCGUUGACAUUGAAAAUGGUGGGAUUCUCAGCGGAGUUGUUAUGGUGGAGUCGCGAUACGUAGACUCCAAUGGUAAUCUUUGGAUAGGCCAUGGAUCAGCCACUGUCAUCGAUGAGCACCACGUUGUGACCACUGCUCAUAACGUCUGGGACGACAAUUUAGGCCUUGCUAGAUCUAUCAAGAUUUCUCGGGACCACCGUGUAGACCCCGACGACCGCUAUGUGGAUUAUGGUGCCGUUCAUUACCAGUGGGCACACGAUCUCUCAAAGCGGAACGACUUCGCCGUUCUUCGCGUUUCAGAGCCUUUCCACGAUGGGAUCCGACCCUUGGGAUAUAUGAAGACGCCAUUCGACGUAGGCGCCAUGGAUUUUACUGUCUAUGGGUUUCCUUGCGAUAUGCCCAAGGAUGAGGACGGCGAGCAGCUAUACCAACUUUGCUUUAGUCACAGUUCGUUCCGGGACGAACCUUGGAACCGCAAUCUCAUCUACCAUGAUGGAGACACAUAUUAUGGUAACUCUGGCGGCCCUGUUGUUGGCCCUGACGGGAAGAUGCUUGCUGUGCACAGGGGGUAUCGUAAUCUGUCUCCUACUGGAAAAAUAAACGUGGCAGUUGCUAUCAACCAUCACGGGAAUGAUAUCGAGAAGUUCAUUCAAGCUCUACGUGCUAGGGCCGGGAUGGCCCUAUCGCGAGACUUUCUACUCAUUCAAGGAGACGCAUUAGUUGAUUAUCCCAAUGCCGCCUGCUUUGGUUGGGAACAGAGCCAAACACUAUAGUAUCGACGACUGGGUCAAUUAACACGUGAGUCUGACGAACGAAAUUCAUGCUAGAGCGCUUGGAGUUUGGAAUGAGACAUAGGGAAAAUGCUUGGUGCAAUGGGCGAUAUUAUGGGAUUGAUUAUUAGUUUAUAGGCAUACGGUAUAGGCAAUGAAAUUUACGUUACGGGCCUUCAC